GGCGAGGGUUUCACUACCUAAUUGAUUUCCUUGUCGUUACCUUACGCAGUAGUACCACGAAGUAGGCAUCCAAAGGGAGCAUCCUGCACCAUGGACGUCGUCACCAUACCAAAGCCGUGGAAAUUAUUUCUAAAGGAAAAAAAUAUUUUUCUUUUAUGCCUUUUCCUUUUAAACCAUGUCUCCAAAAUGAAUGCAGAGGACAGUGGAAUGGAAGAACUUGCCACCGAGAAAGAGGCAGAGGAAAGUCAUCGGCAGGACAGCGUGAAUUUAUUGACAUUCAUUUUAUUGCUGACAUUAACUAUUUUAACCAUCUGGCUUUUCAAACAUAGAAGAGUCCGUUUUCUUCACGAAACUGGCCUGGCGAUGAUAUACGGCCUGUUGGUGGGGGUGAUUCUGCGCUAUGGCAUCCCCUCCACCAGUUACCACCACAAGACGCCCCCUAGCUGCUCGCUGAAAGAGGGGCCCGUCUCCACGCUGCUGCUGAACGUCAGUGGCAAAUUCUUUGAGUACACGCUCAAGGGUGAGAUCAACUCGCACGAUAUCCACAAUGUCGAGCAGAACGACAUGCUGCGCAAGGUAACCUUUGAUCCGGAAGUAUUCUUCAACAUUCUGCUGCCUCCAAUCAUUUUCCAUGCUGGAUAUAGCCUCAAGAAGAGACAUUUCUUCAGAAACCUGGGCUCCAUCAUAACUUACGCAUUCCUCGGAACAGCCAUUUCAUGCUUCGUCAUCGGGAAUCUGAUGUAUGGUGUGGUGAAACUGAUGCAGGCCAUUGGUCAGCUGACUGAUAAGUUUUACUACACAGACUGCCUGUUCUUUGGAGCCGUCAUCUCCGCCACUGACCCAGUCACGGUGCUGGCCAUCUUUAAUGAGCUGCACGCCGAUGCAGACCUGUACGCCCUGCUGUUUGGAGAGAGCGUCAUGAACGAUGCCGUGGCCAUCGUCCUCUCCUCAUCUAUUGUGGCCUAUCAGCCAAGUGGAGCCAACACACACACCUUUGAUGCGGCGGCUUUCUUUAAGUCAGUGGGCGUUUUCCUGGGAAUCUUCAGCGGUUCCUUUGCCAUGGGCGCAGUCACUGGUGUAGGAACAGCACUGGUCACCAAGUUCACUAAGCUGCACUGCUUCCCUCUGCUGGAGACCGCCCUCUUCUUCCUCAUGUCCUGGAGCACCUUCCUGCUGGCAGAGGCCUGUGGAUUCACAGGUGUGGUGGCUGUGCUGUUCUGUGGGAUUACCCAGGCCCACUACACACACAACAACCUGUCUGAGGAGUCCACCAAGCGCACCAAACAGCUGUUUGAGGUGCUGCACUUCUUGGCUGAGAACUUCAUUUUCUCCUAUAUGGGCCUGGCCCUGUUCACCUUCCAGAACCACAUCUUCAGCCCCAUCUUCAUCGUGGGGGCUUUUCUGGCCAUCUUCAUCGGCCGGGCCUCCAACAUCUACCCGCUGUCGUUCCUGCUCAACCUGGGCCGCCGCCACAAGAUCAGUGGGAACUUCCAGCACAUGAUGAUGUUCGCAGGUCUGCGAGGAGCCAUGGCGUUUGCGCUGGCUAUCCGGGACACGGCCACCUAUGCCCGCCAGAUGAUGUUCACCACCACCCUCCUCAUCGUCUUCUUCACCGUCUGGGUGUUUGGUGGUGGCACCACCCCCAUGCUGUCCUGGCUGCAUAUUAGGGUUGGAGUGGAUCCCGACCAGGAUCUCCAGCAGUGUGGGGACAGCUUCCAGGUCCUGCAGGGAGAUGGCGCUCAGGGGGAGGGCCCGAGUAAGACGAAGCAGGAGAGCGCCUGGCUCUUCCGCCUGUGGUACACCUUUGAUCACAACUACCUGAAGCCUAUCCUGACCCACAGUGGGCCACCCCUCACCACCACUCUGCCCAGCUGCUGUGGUCCACUGGCCCGAUGCCUGACCAGUCCUCAGGCCUAUGAGAACCAGGAGCAGCUCCCUGACAACGACUCGGACCUCAUCCUGAACGACGGCGACCUGACACUGACGUACGGUGACACGGCCAUCACGGCCAAUGGGGCCUCUGGCGUCGACGGGGCCUCCAGGGGAGCAGGAGGCGGUCCGCGCUGGAGCCUGAACGGCCGGCGCAGCGGCAGUACGUCGGAGGAGGCCCUGGAGCGCGAGCUGGACCCCCGCGAGCAGGAGCUGAUCAGCCGUGGCACGCGCCUUGUCUUCCCCAUCGAGGACCAUGCCUGAGACGCAGUCCCUCAGCGCAGCCCCAUAUGUCUCCCAAACACAACCAACCAACCCAACCCAACCCCUACACCCUAAAGACUGACAGACCAGCCCCUCCCCCGUCCCUAUGAUGCUUCUCCCCUCCACCCUGAACUCUUUGCACCCCUACAAGACAGAUCAGGCGAAGAAGAAAACCCAAAGCCAGAGACACACGGAGUAGAGAUGAUAAUGAAGGUUGAGGAGAAAGAGGAAGCGAGAGAAAGAAAGGUAAAAGGUAGAAUUAGAGAGGAAGGAAGGAUAGGAAGGAAAGAGAGAGAGGGAGGAAGAUAGAUGAGCGGGUGGGUUUAACAGUGAAGCCUUUGUCUUGAAGAGAUCCAGUAUCAUUCCAUUUUCAUGACUGCAGUGAAUGGGUGGUGAAGCAUAGUGAGGGGCCCUGGAGGACCUAGCUGGCCACCCCCAGGAAGAACUGAACUGAAUGACGUAACAUUACAUACUGUGAAUCUGUACUAUAUUCCCUCUGUCUGAAUGUGGAAAGCAGAGGAUUGGGGAGACUACCCCCGCCCUUGGUUCGGCUGUCGUGCCAGGGAACCGCCUUGCCUGUCCCCGGAGAUGUGGAAAAAUGGCUCCAAUCAUGUACUGCUGCUUGACGGUGUGUGACUCCGUGGCCAUCAUGGCGUGGAGUCCAAGUGUUGUGGCAUAGAGGCUUGUGCAUAGUCAUUUCCUUCCUGUUAGUGCAAUCUUGUCUCAUCUCAAUAUGUCUCCAUUGGUCAGUCCUAGCGCAAGUGGAGCGGCACUACUGCUACAACCCCCCCCCCCCCCCCCCCCCGUGGCUGCGUGAAGCCGAGGACCUGACUAACACACACACACACCAGUUCUACUAUAUCACCCACCUGUACAAACAGAACCAACAAAUGGCUUCUGCAUCAGCUUGUAGACUAGAGCCCUGGUCUGUCUCAUAUGGCAUCACAUGUUACAGCCAUAUAAUGUUAUUAAUAUCUAUUCAGGCUCUUUCAUCUCUAUUGUUUUUUUUAUUUUUAUUUUUUAUUAUUAUAAUGUAUUUCUUCAAUCCCUAUGGGAACGUCAGCCAUGUUGGGUUGAGCCCAUGUGCACAGUGAAAUCUGCAGUGAAAAAAGAAUUCUAUUUACAUUUGUUAACCCUUGUGGACUGCCCGUACUUAAACCGCAGAGUGAACGUAUGUUCACACAACAUCCUGACCAAUCUUUUCCGACUGGAUCUAGGGGUAUUUCCCCUUGGAAAUGCUCAGAAAGCAUCCUCAGUGAAUCACCGCGCUCCUGUUUUUCCAGGUGGUCUUUGGGAAUGCAGCCAGUGGCUGCUCCGCGUGUUGUUGUGGAUGUAAGAGGAACUGAUGUAGAUCUAAUGCCUGCAGCUUCCUGCAAACGCGUGUGGCCAAUGCAAAUGCUCCUAUCUGUAAUCUGAUGACGACGAUCAGGCUGCCAUGUUCAGUAUGUAGCUGUAGAGUAACCUUAAUGAUAUGGAUGGCUGGAUUAAAAAAGGAAAAAUAGCCUUGAAUACCCCCAGCUAAAUAGCCAUUACUUCACAGUACUUUCUCGCGGUCUUUAUUUGCAUCAUCAAUGAUGCAAAAGGCUCUAACUUUGUGUAACUUUUUGUUACUUACAGACCCUAUAAUAUCAAGGAUCUUUGUCUACAGGGAAUCCACAUAAGUUAUUAUUUUGAAAAACUUCUUGUGGCUACUGUGAUAACUUUCUCCCCACACUUUCCUUUUCUAUUAUUAUUAUUAUUAUUAUUAUUAUUAUGUUUACUUUGAAGCCAUAGGGAGAACACAAACAGUCCACGCCAUUUUUAUUGCAGCCAUUGGCUUUCCUCCAACAAUUGUAAAUAUGAGUGUCCGGCUCCCGUGGCUGCUAUAUUCGGGGGCCCUUUAGGGACCCUUGCAGCUGUCUGGGAUCUGUGCCGCAGCCGUGCGCAGCAGGGGAAGGCGAAGCUCCUCAAGCACUUUAGCUGCAGCUGAGCUGCAGUCCAAACGCUGUCUAAAAGGAAGGGUCCAGGGCACAAGAGUGUUAAUGCGAUAUUAUGCAUAUGGGGUUCUAGUCCCAUCUGCUGAUAAUGUAAUGCUAACUCUCGCUAAUGGCUUGUGUGUGUAGAGCAAAUCUCAUUGUUGAAGGAAGCUGGUGCCCUUUGUGUACCAACUCGUUCCCACUGUGUGUGUGUUUGAGUGUGUUCUCUCCGUGCAAUGUACAGAAUGUUAGUGUUGGUGGGUUGCAUUGAGAACUCUGCAUAUAAACCCUACUAGAAGAGGCCAGUCUAUUUUAAGGCUAAUCUGAAUUUGAGAUAUAAGAUGAAGAUCGGCGAUAGGGAGGGAAGGAAGGAAGGGGCUUGUGUUUGAGUGGCAGCUCACACCAGUGAGAGGAAUUUCUGUGGGGGAACAGGUCAUGUUAUCUUGCUCCUCCUUUGUAACCACAUCUUGGAUUCGCACUGCUUGGAAAACAUCUGGAAGAAGGAAAAGUAAAAAGAAAAACCGCCAUGACACCCAACUGUGAAUGCUGGGCCUCUGUUUGGUAUCAGGCCUGUCUGGGACUAGAGCCUCAUAUGCGAGUGCUAAUGCUAAUGUCUCCUCAGCUCAGCUAUCACAACACCACUCAAGCAGCAUCAGUGACUAACUACUUAGCUUUUAGCUGCAGCAAGCAGACUGCAGCCAGCUCCACUAAUUUAACUGAACGCGACUCUUGUAUUCAAAAUCAACUGUCCCAGCAUAGGCCACAUGACUAGGCUACUCACUUGGAGUACUACUCACACAUAGGUGCCAGUUGCUUCACGCUGGGUGUUAAUGAGCAGACAGACAACUGUGAGAAUGCCCAUUUGUUCCCAUGUAAACUGUUACAUUUGCCUAUAGCUUCUGAGACGCUGCUUACCAGGUUGAGUCUGGGCUGGCAAAUCAACCACUGAUCUGAUGAGAAGAAUGACGUGUGAAGCGGAUGAAAUUGGAAUUUGAGCUGUUUGAACACAGGAAGUAGGAAGCCACAGACUUCAUUGUUGGAAAACUUUGACCCGCAUGUGGUGCAAUGCCCUGUGAAAUGAACCCUUGGACUAGGAGCUAUUCACUUCAUUCGUGCUUUGUGCGUCACAACCACUUAGGUCAUUUGGCAGGGGAAGAAAAAUAAAUUGUAAAUAUGGUCAGGACCUCAUCAAGCUGUCUCCUAUACUGUAGCAAUCAUGUUUUACUUGCAAUACCCUGCAUGCUGAUGUAUUUCUUAGUUCAAUAUGUACAGGGGACCAUCAUUUUGUCAACGAUCUGAAAUGUGUGUAGAGGAAGAAGAUGCACUGUAAUAAACCUGAGAAUUUCCCCCUUAUAAUCAAUCAGACAUAAAUGCAUUAAGUCUGGAACUGGUCAGUCUUGUCGAAUUUGUGGUAUGCAUUAAAUAAGAAUUAAAACAAACAAAAAAGUACAGUAUAUCCUUCAGUUGAUGCCCUAGCAAUAUUGCUUUCUUUUAUAUGGCAUUAAAUAAAACAGACAUCAACAGA